CUCGUAGUCCAGACGCGAUUCCCAGCGUCGAGUGCGCCGCUGACGCACAGUGGCUGAGGGACCCGGCCGGGCAUCACGCUACGGAGGCGGCGUAAAGCGAGUCGUGUCUGGCCGGUUCUACGGAGGCGGCGUAAGAAGGCCGGGCAGGGCGCUCCGUGGCUGAGGCGUGCUGAUCCGGGCAGCGCGGCCAGGGACGAGGGAGGCCGCACCACUCUGGUUGAAGUUGAGGAUCAGUCCACGGAGACGCCGUUCAGCCGCAGGCGCUAAAGAGGCGUCGCAGCUCACAGAGCCAGCCGCCCUGUCUCCGGCGUGGGCACUCUGCUCUCUCCAUGCUCCCGUUCGUGUGUUGCCGGCCAGAGGUGACCAGGCCCAGCUCUCAGCGUGGCCACUGUCAGGGAGGCCAUGGGGAGCUCCGCCUCCUCCCUGGCCACCGAGACAGAGUCAGACCAUGGCUUCCCUAGGGGGCUGCCCUACCCAGGGACCCCAGCAGCGGCGGGCUGGUGUAGGAGUGGCCCUGGGGCGCCUGUCUGGGGGAGUGCCCUGGUCACCAGGCAGCACCCACGCCCCCGGGCCCGCAGGUGCUAGCUGGGCCAACAGGUGCCAUGCUUUGGAUCCAUCUGAGCCCACCCAUACGCACUCACCUGGGUCUAUGGCCACAGUGGGGGAGUGGUCCUGUGCACGUUGCACCUUCCUGAACCCGGCCGGCCAGCGCCAGUGUUCCAUCUGCGAAGCCCCCCGACACAAGCCUGACUUGGACCAGAUUCUGCGGCUCAGCGUGGAGGAGCAGAAAUGGCCCUGUGCUCGCUGCACAUUCCGGAACUUCCUGGGCAAGGAGGCCUGUGAGGUGUGCGGCUUCACCCCCGAGCCUGGCCCUGGUGCCACCCUGCUGCCCAUCAUCAAUGGGGUCCUGCCCAAGCCACCCACUGUCCUUGUGGAGCCAAAGGGCAGCUGCAAGGAAGAGGCUGGCUCAGUACAGACGGUGGGACUGGGGGCCAUGGAGCCAGCCAGGGGGCACCCUGAGGAGGAGGAAGCAGAGGAGCUGGAGGACCCAGAGGAGGGGGCAGAGCCUAAAAGUGGCUGGGCCUGCCAGCGCUGCACCCUGCACAACACACCUGUGGCCAGCUCCUGCUCUGCCUGUGGGGGUCCCCGGAAACUGUCACUGCCCAGGAUCCCCCCAGAGGCCCUGGUGGUCCCUGAGGUGGUGGCCCCCUCAGGCUUCCAUGCUGUACCCGCCCCUACCCUGCCAGUCCUUCCUGGGGAAGGUGCUGAGGCUGACCCUCCCUCUACCAGUCAAGGUCCAACUUCUACUAACCCGGAACACCCCAGGGUACCGCCCUUCAGCCCCUUCUCAUCCACCCUACAGAACAACCCUGUGCCCCGAAGUCGCCGAGAGGUUCCUCCCCAGCUGCAGCCACCUGUGCCUGAGGCUGCUCAGCCUUCACCCUCUACUAACUCCAAAGGCUGGGCCGGGGCUGGGGCUGGGUCCUCCCGCCUGGCGGAGCUGCUGUCAGGCAAGAGGUUAAGUGUGCUGGAGGAGGAAGCCCAAGAGGACAGGCCCACCCGUGGCGAGGCCUGCAGCCCUGCCCCAAGCAGUGAUGUCAUUGACCUGGCUGGUGACACUGUACGCUACACACCUGCCAGCCCCUCCAGCCCUGACUUCACCACCUGGGCCUGUGCCAAGUGCACACUCCGGAACCCCACAGCAGCCCCCAGAUGCACAGUCUGCGACUGCUCCAAGCUGCAUGGCUUCCAGGAGCAUGGUGAGACCCCCACCCACUGCCCAGACUGUGGUGCCAACAAACCAGGCCCCUGUGGCAGUGGCUGUGGACGGGGCCCCUCAGCUCACAAGGCUGCUCGCCUCCUAAGUGAGCGCUCAGGCCAGUGGUCCUGUCCUGCCUGCACCCUACUCAACAUGCCCCGGGACACACAUUGCGCAGCAUGCCACACUCCACAGCUGCUGGUGUCCCAACACUGGGGGGCCACACCCCUGAGGCGCCGGGAAAGUAUGCAUGUGGAGAAGCGGCGUCAGACUGAUGAGGGCGAAGCCAAGGCUCUCUGGGAGAACAUAGUGGCAUUUUGCCGGGAGAACAGCGUGAACUUUGUAGACGACAGCUUCCCCCCUGGGCCUGCAUCAGUGGGCUUCCCCAUGGGAGACAGCGUCCAACAGCGCGUGAAGCAGUGGCUACGGCCCCAUGAGAUCAACUGCUCCGUCUUCAGGGACCACAGCACCCCCUGGUCUGUCUUCCUCACACUCCGGCCCUCGGAUAUCCUGCAAGGGUUACUGGGGAACUGCUGGUUCCUGAGCGCACUGGCAGUGCUAGCUGAGCGGCCUGACCUAGUCGAGAAGGUGAUGGUCACACGCACCCUAUGCGUGGAAGGUGCCUACCAGGUGCGACUAUGCAAGGAUGGCACUUGGACCACAGUGCUGGUAGACGACAUGCUGCCCUGUGAUGAAGCUGGCUUCCUCCUUUUCUCGCAGGCACAGCGGAAGCAGCUGUGGGUGGCUCUCAUCGAGAAGGCGCUGGCUAAGCUGCAUGGCUCCUACUUUGCCCUCCAGGCAGGGCGCGCCAUCGAAGGCCUGGCCACGCUCACUGGUGCCCCCUGCGAGAGCCUGGCGCUGCAGGUCAGCUCCACUAACCCCCGAGAGGAGCCUGUUGACACUGACCUCAUCUGGGCCAAAAUGCUGAGUUCUAAGGAGGCUGGGUUCCUCAUGGGUGCCUCCUGCGGGGGAGGCAACAUGAAGGUGGAUGAGGCUGCCUAUGAGAGCCUGGGCCUGCGCCCCCGCCAUGCCUACUCCAUCUUGGACGUCCGUGAUAUUCAGGGCUCCAGGCUCCUACAUCUCCGGAACCCUUGGGGCCGUUUCUCUUGGAAUGGCAGCUGGUCUGAUGAGUGGCCUCACUGGCCAGGACACCUGCGGGGUGAGCUGAUGCCUCGGGGAAGUAGCGAGGGUGUCUUCUGGAUGGAGUACAGUGAUUUCAUCAGGUACUUCGACUCUGUGGAUAUCUGCAAGGUGCAUUCAGAUUGGCAGGAGGCACGGGUUCAGGGGAGCUUCCCCAGCUCUGCCAGCAGGCCUGUGGGAGUGACAGCACUCACUGUGCUGGAGCGCGCCUCACUGGAGUUCGCCCUCUUCCAGGAGGGCAGCAGGCGCUCAGACACAGUGGACAGCCACCUGCUAGACCUGUGCAUCCUGGUGUUUCGGGCCACCUUUGGCAGUGGUGGCCGCCUGAGUCUGGGUCGCCUGUUGGCCCACAGCAAACGUGCUGUGAAGAAGUUUGUGAACUGCGAUGUCAUGCUAGAACCUGGCGAGUAUGCUGUGGUAUGCUGUGCCUUCAACCACUGGAGCCCUGCCCCACCAGGGCCCCCCACCACACAGGCCUCCAGCCCCUCAGCAGGCAUCCCCCGAGGCACCCCUGAGUCUCCCGGCCACGUGCUUGCGGUGUACAGCUCAAGAGUGGUCAUGGUGGAGCCAGUGGAGGCACAGCCGACCACACUGGCUGACGCCAUCAUCCUGCUCACUGAGAGCCGAGGCGAGCGGCAUGAGGGCCGUGAGGGCAUGACCUGCUACUACCUGACACAUGGCUGGGCUGGGCUCAUCGUGGUGGUAGAGAACCGGCACCCCAGGUCCUACCUGCAUGUCCAGUGUGACUGCACCGACAGCUUCAACGUGGUAUCCACACGUGGCAGCCUGCGCACCCAAGACAGUGUGCCACCUCUGCACAGGCAGGUCCUGGUGAUCCUGUCCCAGCUGGAGGGCAACGCUGGAUUCUCCAUCACACACCGUCUGGCACACCGCAAGGCAGCUCAGGCCUUCCUCAGUGACUGGACAGCCUCCAGGGGCACUCACAGCCCCCCGCUCACACCUGAGGUUGCUGGCCUACAUGGGCCCCGGCCGCUGUGACCACUGCGCCCUUGGGCGGGGCUUGUGCAGACCGCCCACCUGUCCCCCACAUGCACUUUACGAGGGAGACCCUGACGAAGGACGCUUGAACCAGAAUCUCAGGACCCCCUCCCAGGGAGCCGCCAGCCACAGCUUUCCCUGGGCCCUCCCAUGCCCUUCUAUUCCUCCCCAUCCCUGAGCACCC